UUGGAUUUUUUGAGAGCUUUUUGGACACGGAAACGUGUUUGUUGCUCUAUACGCUUUAGUUGAAAUACAAUAUAAGUAAUGUUUUAUCAUAUCUCUCUGGAACAUGAGAUUCUCCUCCACCCUCGAUACUUUGGCCCCAACCUUUUGAACACAGUCAAACAGAAGCUCUUCACAGAGGUGGAAGGCACUUGUACUGGAAAAUAUGGCUUUGUCAUCGCAGUGACCACAAUUGAUAAUAUUGGGGCAGGUGUUAUACAGCCAGGCAGAGGUUUUGUCUUGUACCCUGUCAAAUACAAGGCCAUUGUAUUCAGACCUUUCAAAGGGGAAGUGGUGGAUGCAGUUGUUACUCAGGUUAAUAAGGUUGGGCUGUUCACAGAAAUUGGCCCUAUGUCUUGUUUCAUCUCACGUCAUUCUAUACCCUCGGAGAUGGAGUUUGACCCAAACUCCAAUCCCCCCUGCUACAAGACAGUGGAUGAGGAUAUUGUUAUCCAGCAAGAUGAUGAAAUUCGGUUGAAGAUUGUGGGUACUCGAGUGGACAAGAAUGAUAUUUUUGCCAUUGGAUCUCUCAUGGAUGACUACCUGGGUCUUGUUAGUUGAUCCAUUUGCCAAAGAAGUUGCAGCAGUCACCUUAGGCAAUGUUUGUACAUAGAAUUUCCCAAUUUCUUGGAUGGAAUAUUUCUUAUAUUAGGUUUUGUUUUUUUUGUUAGAAUGUGAUAUUUUAUUGCCAUAGUUUUGAGACUGUAUAGACCCAGUUGUGUGUGAUUUAGUG